CACCGCAAGCAGGUUGCCACAAACUGUCAAUUCAGUUGGAAGAAGAAGCGCGUCAUUUCCUAGCUACCGACGUAAACAUCCGUCACACGAUCACAGAAACUUAAAUGUUUUAACUCCUAGGGAGUGCUAACGGUGGCAAUAAUGGAGCUGGUAUGGGAGGACGAUCCACUCCCUGAAGCUCCUUUCUUUACCAGAGAUCAGUAUGACAAAUAUUCCCUUGCACCUAAUAUCAGAGAACUCUGGGCCUUUCUCCAAAGUCCUUCAGAGAAUGGCAGCAUAAAACAGGAGUGUGAUGUUCAGCCUGCCAAAGCCUCGUGCUCUUCCUCCAUACAAGAAUCUGUGGAGUCUAAAGAUAAGAGUGAGACUGAGGCUGAUGAUGCCUAUCCCGAACCUAGGUUUCCCUUCCCUUGUAUGUCUAGCCUUUCCAGCCAAGAACAGAGGAUAUAUGUUGGGUUUUUAAAGAGCAAGAAAACUCGACAUCCUCCACAGAGUCUGCAAACGAGAGUAAACAAUGAAGUGAUGCAGUUCAUGAGGUACCUGCAAGAUGUGGCUAAAAUAUGCGCUGCUGACUACAGCUUCAUCUCACAAGGAGCUUUGCAAUACUCGGAGGAGUUCUUCAAGGGCUGUUUAGAGUGCAUUAAGACAGUUCCUCAGCUCUAUCAGAUCCAUGAGAUGACCAGUUUGACAGGAGGAACGUUCAAUCCAGGACUAGCGCUGACUUUUGAGAAACAGCUUCUAACCAUGGGCAAAGUGAAUAUUACAGACCAUGAGAUAGUGCCUGCUGAUGCUCAGCUUGCAUCGGAUUAUCAGAGUGUUUCAUCAGAGAAUCCUCCAGCUAAAAAAGCUAAGGACAUGCAUGCUACGAUCAGUAGUGAUGGGAAUGCUGAGAGACUGGCUGCUUGUUAUGAGCCUCAUGUCUGUCUGACUCGUGAUGCUUUAGUCAGGCUGCUAGACAACCAUGGCCCCGAUUUUGAGGAGCAAUGGGAACUGCCUGUUUGGGUGAAAUUAAGCCCAGGAAAAGCUCGCAGUCAGAGGAAGACAGUGUUCAUAGACUCUCCUCUACUGAAGACUGAAAUGACCGUGCGAGAGAGGAGUCACAUCUACCACGAGGAGAGUCUGAAGCUCUCCGUCACCAACAAUGGAAGUGUGAAUGCGUUCCGUUUAAUGACAGAGUCUCUUCUGAGUGAGCAGCAAACCUCACUGGAGAGCUGCAAGAGAAACAUCAUGUCUUCUGAAAACAGGGGUCUUGAUUUUGAUGUGGACCUCACAGACCUGGAGACAUUUGGAGAGACGCCUUCUAAAAGGUCCGUGAUGCAGGAGACACAGAAGGAAAGGGCUGGAUGCGUCGAAAGCAAAAAAGACACUUCCCUGCUUUCAAGUAAGAGGAAAAUAAGUUCUCAAGAAGAGGUGAGCAGCUCGUCUGUGAAUGAUCCCAUCACAGAGCCAGCUGUGCCGGCUGUGAGUGAUACAGUCAUACAGAAGACCGACCCAACGAGCGUUGACUCUGCCCAGGAAAGUGAUGAAAACCUCACUUUUGCAGGAGACUCAGACGAUGAGAAGCUGGUCAUUGAUGAUUCUUUGUCUCCAGCAGUAACGCCUGCGAAACUACCUGACCCUCAGGCUGCAGCGUUCUCCACAAACACUCCAGAUACACCUGCAUCUGAGUCUACACCUGAGUCAUCCCCUCAUAAAGUUACUAGGUGCAAAAGACAAAGCAAAAGAGCAAAGGUUUCAGAGGAUCAGCUAGGGGAGAUCCUGCGCAUGCAGACGGCCAUGUUCAAGCAUAACAACGAAUCACCCAAAUGCUCCAAGUCACCAUCCCGAAGCACAGCACCGGUAGUUCACUCUCAUCCUACAUCCCUGGUAAAAGCCUGUGUGUCCUCGUAUUUGGAAAGAAACCAAAAUGAGGACGGCGAGACCUGUGCUGCUAGUGACUCUUCAGCUCUCAACGUUAAUACUACAGAGCACAAAAAAAUACUUUCAGAAGAUCUCCAGGCUAGUGCUGAAGAUGAACAAGACUACGAGGCUCCAGCAGACGGGAACCUGCUUUACAAGCUCUACAGUCUGCAAGACUUACUGCUCUUGGUGCGCAGCUCUGUGUCAUUAACCCAUACCAGAAAAGUUGGCAACAGUCAAAACCAGUUCGUGCCGGUGCACGUCUUGCCGAAGCUGGAGUACCAGUUGAGCUACGGGGUUGAGUGUUUAACCAGAAGUGAAGCGUGUCAGCUGUGGACAGAGACAUUACUCCACUCCAGCACAGUUUCUUACACUGCUCACAUCAACGCGCACACAUCAAAAGUGGCUCUGCUGAGAAAGCUGCCUGACGACUGGAAACAGAGCCUCUCCUGUGGUUUCAAGAUUUCCAAGUCACUGAAUAUACUGCACCACCUACUAAAAAAGCUAACUGGGUUAGAAGAAGGCCAGUACCUGAUCGCACACAAAGCGGGAGAACCGUUUGUGACCCUCUUAAAAGCGGCUAAUGGAAAAGUGAGUCGGGGCGCAUACGACUUGCAGCAGGUCCACGGCUCCGUCCCACAACCCCCGGCGUCAGGCCCCGUCCCCUGGAUACCUGUUGAUCCGGCUGUGGUCCUUCCCUUCCACCAGAAACACGGCCGGGUCCCCUGCACCUUCCCACCAAAACCCUUCCAAAUGACUGCAAACAAUGGGCCGCCGCACUCCAACAGCCACGGAGUCGGGCAGAAGAACAACUCGAAAGCUCAGGGCAACAAGAAGAAGGGCAAAAAUCGCGCAGCCAAACGUAACAAAUAUAUGAAAAAACUCAUUCAGAUGUCUGUUUGAAAUCCUCUGUUUAAUUUAAUGUCAUUCCUAUCAUGUGAUAGGUGAGUGAGAGGAGGAGAAGCUGGACCUUUGUUGAAGGGAAAGGAAAGGAAGUCAGGCAAUGUCUAAGAUUUCAUAUUGGAAAUAGGUUUUGCCCCUAAAUAUAAAUGUGAAUGCUGAGGCACUUUUACAGUAUAUAAUCUAUAAUUUAUAUUGUUAUUGUGUUCAUUUUUUUGGUCUGUAAUAUUUUUGUAAUAAAUAAAAAAGCAACAAUAAACGUUUGAGUGUUCA